AUGACAUACAUCAAAUUUUAUGAAGCCCAGGAAGCCAUCGGCAUCAAUCGCCGGAGCUGCAACACUGCGCUAUUACGAGCACAAAGGGCCGGCACCGCGAAUAUAUAUGGGGUGUUUGGCGGGCAGGGCAACACCAGGGAGUACUUUGAGGAGCUGCGCACGUUGAGGAACACGUAUCCCAAUCUACUUGCGGGCCUAAUUCAAACAUGCAGUAGUCACCUUUCGUCUCUGGCGGCCAAACCAUCUAUCGCAGAUCAAUUCCCACAAGGUCUAAAUGUAUCACGAUGGCUGGAGGAUGCGAAACACACGCCCGAUGUGGAAUACCUUAUCCGCGCACCCGUCAGUUUCCCGCUGAUAGGAUUAUUGCAGCUCUGUUAUGUCAGAGCGUUGGUGGCUAGCCUAGGCGGCAAUCCCGCCGAAUUCACAACCGCCUUCUCCGGGUUUGCCGGUCACUCGCAGGGCGCCGUAGUGGCUGCCGCUAUGGCUACGGUCACCACUUGGGAAAGCUUUGAACACGUCGCCCUGACUGCCACUACAGUACUGCUUCACAUCGGCGCGCGGAGCCAACAGUCCUUUCGGCAAACCCCGCUGGCUCCGGAAAAGGAGGUCGUUCUGGACGCUGCGGGGCUGGGCACGCCUUCGCCUAUGCUAAGCAUCACUGGCAUUGGCCACGCCGACCUGGUCACCGUUGUUGACGCUACAAAUGCCCACCUUGCCGUCGACGUGCAAAUGGCCGUGUCUCUGGCCAACAGGGACGACACCUUUGUGGUCAGCGGUCCGGAGCGGACGCUAGCUGCUCUGGUGGAGGCGCUCGGCGGCGGAAGACCGACCGAGCCGCAGGAACGUGUGCCCAGUUCUCAGCGCAAGAUGACUCCCCGGCUUCGCUUCCUCCCAAUUUCCAUCCCCUGCCAUAGCCCGAUGCUGGCUGGUGCGACCCCGCUUAUCCUUCGCGACUUACAAGCCGCCGGGGUCAGACUGGACAGCGCGGCCUUGCGUGUUCCGGUCAAUCAGGGCGUGGACGGAGGACACCUCGCCGAGGGGUGCAAGGAUGAUAAUUUGAUCCCGUACCUGGUGGAAGGUAUCACCACGCGCGCCGUGGAUUGGCGCACCGCCGCAUUCCCAUCAGCAACGCAUAUAAUCGAUUUCGGUCCGGGCGGCCCAUCUGGUGUGGGCGCUCUAAUAAUGGAAAAACUCUCAGGCACCGGGGCGCGCGUCAUUGUUGCCGGCCGCAAUGGCCUCCACAUCCCUGAACAGCAGGACAUGGGCAGCCUGGUGGAGAUGUACGAUCGCCGCGACGAGGGCCUAAAGUGGAACGUCGACUGGCACAAGGAUUUCGGGCCGUCGCUGGUCCGCACUGCGGGCAAGUUGGCUCUGGAUUCGAGGAUGAGCAGGCUGUUGGGACUGCCGCCCGUCAUGGUUGCGGGGAUGACGCCCACGACUACGCAUCCGGAGUUCGUGUCGAGUGUAAUGCGCGCGGGGUACCAUGUCGAGUUCGCCUGUGGGGGAUAUAACACACCCGCUGCGCUCCGUGCUGCUAUAUUGGAAAUGGUUACAAUGCUGCCCGCCGGUAGAGGGUUGACGUUGAAUGUCAUUUACGCCAACCCCAAGGCUCUCGCUUGGCAGAUCCCGCUGAUCCGGCGGUUGCGCAACGUCGAACAAGUCCCAAUAGUCGGACUUACUGUCGGCGGCGGUAUACCAUCUCUACAAGUGGCUGCUGAAUACAUCACCACGCUCGGCAUUUCGCAUCUGUCCCUUAAGCCGGGGUCGGCGACGGCGAUACAGCAGGUCUUAGCUAUUGCACGUGCGCACCCAAAUUUCCCAAUUAUGUUACAGUGGACCGGCGGCCGAAGUGGCGGCCACCAUAGUUUUGAGGAUUUCCAUGCGCCAAUAUUGGAAGCCUACCCGCGGAUCCGACAAUAUGGUAACGUUAUCCUGAUAGCGGGAUCCGGCUUCUCCGAAGCUGAAGAUAUAUAUCCGUACCUUACGGGGACGUGGAGUUUAUCCCAUGGGCGCGGGCGGGCCAGUCGUAUGCCCUUUGACGGCGUGCUUUUGGGCAGCCGGGUUAUGGCGUGCGCCGAAGCGCUGACCUCGGCGGCCGCCAAACAGGCCAUAGUCGACUGCUCCGGUCUGUCAGACCACGAGUGGGAGGGCACGUAUGGUCCUCAAGGUGCAGGGGGUGUGGUCAGCAUCACCUCGGAGAUGGGCGAGCCCAUGCACGUCGUCGCCACCCGCGGGGCGCUGCUGUGGGCCGAGCUCGACAGGGUACUUUUCAGCAUCCCCAAGGGCCCGAGGAGAGGUGCAAAGUUGGAGGAGAUGCGAAACCAUGAACUGAUUACGCGGCUCAACCGAGAUUUUCAAAAGCCGUGGUUUGCCUGUCGGUCUACGGUCUCUGGUGCGCAAGUGGCGUGCGAGUUGCUCGACAUGACAUACGCCGAGGUUGCUUGGCGUGUCGUCAAGCUUUGCAGUGUCAAUGGCAAAACCUGGAUCGAUGAGACCUACGCCGAGUUGCUGGGCGGUUUCUUGAUGAGGGCACAGCAACGCUUCCUCGACGCAGUAGCCUUGGAGGGCUGUGAUGCGACCGCGUUGCAGGAGAGGUGUAGGCUGGACCCAUCGGCUUCUGUCAGCAGUGUUAUGGCAGACAUUCCCGAGGCGCUGGACACACAACUAUACCUUGAAGACGUGCAUUUCUUUGAGCAGCUCUGCGCCACGCCCGGCAUGAAGCCCGUUCCGUUCAUCCCGGCGCUUGAUUCCAAAUUUGAGACGUGGUUCAAGAAAGAUUCGCUCUGGCAGUCGGAGAACCUGCAAGCUGUGGUCGAUGGCGAUGCGGGACGGGUGCUCAUUCUCCAUGGACCCGUGGCAACUCGUGGUGUCAAGGUUGUCGAUGAGCCGGUUGGGCAGGUGCUUGAUGGGAUUAUGAAUGGGGUUCUGGGACGACUGCUCUCUGAUCGCUACCAGGAUGACGCUGAUGCUGUUCCAACUGCUGAGUAUAUUCCCGGCCUGUCUUUUCAGAAUCUCAUAUCAGUCAACGAGGCUAUGGAGUCCGAUGACUGGGAAUUGGCGGCAGAGGGCAACGAGGACGAUCCCAUCGGAACCGAUAUAAUGAGGGGCUCACUAAAUGGCGAGUCUUUAAGGGCUGCUAUCUGCACCAAUGACAGUGACCAAAGAGAAUCCUGGCGUCAUGCCCUCUUCCACUCACGGCACAUCUUCCGUGGAACAAGGCUGGUAGAGAACCCCAUGUGGACAAUCACCGAAGCCCUGUGGGCCGAACGUGUAGAGAUACUCACUGCAAACGACUCCACCACUAUUACAAUCCUGGGCGUAAAGGAGAACACUCACACCCAAGAGUCCACCCUCCUCCAGAUCAUGAAGCCCACCACCUCCACCUCUAUCGAAAUAAGACUAUUCACCUUUCGCACCCCCUCUGCCCCCGUGCCGCUCCUAUUGCAGCUGACGUACCAUCCGGCCACCCCGUACUCCCUCAUUCGUGAGCCGCCCAACUUACGAAACCAGGCCUUGUACAACGUGUACCGCGAGCUGUGGCUCACCUCGAACGUCACGUUUGAGUCUGGCUGGUUCACCGAAACAGUUAACAUUACGGCCUCGCGAGUGAGCAAAUUUAAUCAGGCCGUUGGAUACUCCAAGGCUCACCAGUCCGAGACGGUCAGUAUGGACUUUGCCAUGGUCGUCUCGUGGGGCACCAUUUGCUCCGCCUUGCUUGCCGAUCCUGUAAAGGGCGACUUGCUGCGUCUUGUGCACCUCAGCAACAGCUUUGAGUUUGCGACUGAUGAUGAUGACCACCGUGGCGAUGAAUCGAUGGGAAUUGGCCAUGUCAUCACCGCCAGGGCAUGCGUUAGUCGUGUCAUGCCAGCGCGCGGCUCGGAUGGCGCCGUCACAGGCUGUGAGAUUGAUGUGCUUUGCCAUUUGAACUCGAGCAAUGGGACACUGAUCAUGACGAUUCGAUCGAGGUUCUUGAUAAGGGGCCAGCCGGACGAUGAUGCUGUUACCGAGGGCAUAACGUACUUUAGUCACACGGAAAAUGCACCGGUCGAGAUUGUGCUCAAGAGCGUGGCGGAUGUUGCCCUUUUUUGGGUUAAUAUACAAGAUUAUCUGGUUGCCCCCAAUGCUGAAACGGGUGCCAAUAGCACACUGGAAAACCUCAUGGCCACAUAUCUGACAGACGUGGCAGUUCGUCCUCAAACCGUCGAGUUUCACACGGAAACCCACAUCACAGACAACAACAUCAAGACGUCCGGUAAUCUACAGCUACGCACCGACUCUGGCUUGGUGCAAAUGGCAAAUAUUUCUCGGACAUCCUUGGGCAAGUGUCCAUUGCAAGCUUAUCUAGCAACCUAUGGCCGGCAACUUAACCAACCAAUCUUACUCCUACAGCCGAUCCACUACCCACCGAUUGUGGCCGCAAUCAAAGUUCCAUGCACCAACCUGCCCUACUCGCUUGCGUCCGGCGACAUGAACCCCAUCCACACUUCACGCAUCUUUGCCGCUCUUGCCGGCAACGCCGACACCAUCACCCACGGCAUGUACGUCAGCGCCACAGUCCGGCAAGUGCUGGAACGAGCGGUUGCAGCACAGAGACCGGAGAGAAUACUGCGUUACGAGGCUCGCUUUGUGAAUAUGGUCCUGCCGGGUGAUGUACUCGAUGUGACCUUUACGCACGCUGCCAUGUUGAAUGGGUGUUUGGUUUUCGACAUCUCGGUUAGCCGGCAGGCGCGGGCCGGUACUGAUGAUGAUGGUCAAAGUACCGUGGUUAUGCAGGGUUCAGCGACGCUCACACAGCCACCAACUGUGAUUCUUUUCACCGGCCAAGGAAGCCAGGAGGUCAACAUGGGAAUGGACCUUUACGAAACCUCUUCCGUGGCGAGAGCGGUGUGGGACGAAGCAGACACAUACCUGCGAGAGAACCUCGGCCUUUCGCUGCUCUAUAUCGUCCGCCAAAACCCAAAAUCUAUAAAAGUGACCUUUGGCGGCAGGCGCGGUGCAGCCUUGCGGCAAAAAUACAUGGCCGCCACGACUGAAGGCCGGCCCAUGUUCCCUGGCGUUACGGCCACCACAUCAAGCUACACGCAUUGGGCCCCGGGGGGCCUCCUCUUCACGACGCAGUUCUCCCAGCUAGCCAUCACGGUCAUGGAGGUGGCGGCGAUGCGCGACAUGCGGGCGGCCGGGGUGGUCGACGUGAGUCGCAGUCGUUUCGCAGGCCACUCCUUGGGCGAAUACGGUGCGCUGGCCGCCGUCACGGACUGCCUGCCGCUCUCCAGCCUCCUGCCUAUGAUCAUGGCGCGCGGAGCCACGAUGCAAAAGGCCGUGGAGCGGGACGCGGAUGGCAGGAGCGCCUUCGCCAUGGUCGCUGUCGACCCUGGGCGGGUCGUGCUGGGCGGGACGCGAGGGACGCUCUCGCCAACUUUGCUGGAGGCGCUCGUGGUGCAAAUCGCCAAACGCAUGGGCUUGCUCCUGGAAAUCGUCAACUUCAACGUCAGAAAUGCGCAGUACGUUUGCGCCGGUGAGCUGCGGGCCCUGCAUGUGCUGCAACAGGUUUUGGACGACGCGGCAACACGAGAAACCAUCCCCGAGCAGCUAUGCAGCUUGGUGGAGCGGCAUGUCGCAGAGCUGGAUCUCUGCGCUACGGACGGCAUCAAGACCUCGAUUCGAUUGGUGAGAGGUCGCGCGACGAUACCGUUGGUAGGAAUAGAUGUGCCGUUCCAUAGCAGUCACAUCGCGCCGCGGAGGUCGGCGUUUCAAGAGUCGCUCCUGGUGGCCAUCAAGCCCGAACGGGUACGGGCCAGCCAGCUGGUUGGCAAAUACGUGCCCAACGUGACGGGUCGGCCGUUUGAGAUCUCCAGAGACUAUUUUGAGCAGGUUGCGGCCUUGACUGGGUCAAAGAGGAUAAAGGCUGUUCUAACUGAUUGGGAUGCGUGGACUGCGCGGAAACAGGGGCUGCAGAGGCUUGCUGCAGUCUGA